AAAAUGGCGGCGCCCAUUACUAGCGCAUCCCAGCUACUUCGUAAGUGGCAAAAAUGCAAUUGAUUGUCUAUUAAUGAGGAAAUAUCCCCCACAAAAAGAGGUCGAAAGGAUUUGUGAAGAGAAAAAAAACAAUGAGGAUAAAAAAACACCAAAUUUUAAUUACCAGUGCACUCAUCACUAACAUCUUUGGGCUUUGGUACUUGUCAAGUCUACUUAAUUGUGCAAACAGCAAGGCAAAAGAGGAAUUAUCUCAAACUCCCGAACACCAAAAAAGGACCUUUGAUAAGUCAUUUACUAUUAUUAUCAGAGAAUUUGAGGACUUUGACAAUACAGUUUCAGAAAUGGUGGCAGGUCUGCUGGACUGGUCAGCAAACAUGGAUAUUCUUGUUGUUGCUGAUAAUCCUGUGUAUCCUCCUUUGAAUUUACCCAAGAGCAAUCGUGUCCAUUAUACUGUACUGAAUGCAUACCCUGAGAAUCCUUCUAGUCUUUUCAAACCAGAAAGACUCAUAAGAAGUGAAUAUGUUUUAUUUGUGCCUGAUGGUGUGGUUUCUAUCCCAAAAUAUUCUUUUCUUCAGAUGAUUCAAAUCCUAGAAUCGGCCUCUGAUUCUAGGAUGAAGAUAGUUAGUGGAGGAAUAAAACAGGAAAGCGUACAAUGUUUGAAUAUUGAUUUUGAUGUUUUAAAGUGGAGCUUGAAAUACAGCUUUGGGAAUGAAAAAUUGUGCACAGGGUAUAAGGGACAGCAGUUACUCUUGAUGAAGACUCAAGAUUUCUUUAACUUAUCUCAUCCAUUUACCAGACCAUUCCCAGAAUCUCUGUUUAUUCAAACAUCUCUGCAUGGAUGGAAGGUGCUCCAUGACUCUAGUAUUUUUGUUCUUUCUUUAAAACUCCAUUUUAAAGAUGGACAUAAUUUGUGGAAACAUAAGAAGCACCACAAAGAAAGACUGAAACUUAUGUAUAAAAGUUUUGGAAUAAAACAAGUAAUUCAACCAGACUGGAAAACAGAGUGGUAUGGCUGCAGUAAAGAUACACCCAGGUGUUUUGGAACAGUGAUCAAUGACAUGCCAGAGUAUAUCUAUGCAAAAAGAUGGACUCCACCUUGCUGCUUGAAAAAUUUAAGAGAGAUUUUAAAACAUGUUGUCUCGAUAUUUGAUAAAGCUGGUGUGAGGUACUGGUUGGAAGGCGGCAGUUUAUUGGGAGCUGCCAGGCAUGGAGACAUAAUACCCUGGGAUUAUGAUACUGAUAUAGGUAUAUACAAGGAAGAUAUUGACAAAUGUAAAUACCUGCAUGAUGUGCUCUCUGGACCUUAUGUAGAUGAUAAAGGGUUUGUGUGGGAGAAGGCCAGAGAGGGGGAUUUUAUGCGGGUGCAGUACAGCGAAGUUAAUCAUCUUCAUAUAGAUAUAUUUCCUUUUUACCCCAAAAAUGGCAUAAUGACAAAAGACACUUGGUUUGCUUCUCACAGGCAGGAUACAGAGUUUCCAGAACAUUUUUUAAAACCACUGACUAAAAUUUUAUUUGCAGGGAUAAAUGCUUCUGCACCUAAUAAUGUGAAGGAUUUCUUGGAGUUAAAAUUUGGAAAAGGGGUGAUUGAAAACCCAAGAUAUCCAGAUCAGCACUUGGUUAGUUAAAAUGCAAACCUCAGUUUUUUCUUGCUUACAUAUGGUUCUUAGGGAUUGACAAUAAGGUUUUGGGCUUUAAAUAUGUUCUUCAGGCAAGUGCUAUCCCAAACUUACUUUCAAAGGAAAAGGUUUGCUCAAAUUCACCCCCCCCCUCCAAAAAACCUAAAUGAAUAAAUUAAUGCCUUCAAAGAUUUUUGCACUUUUUAACGCAAUUGGGUGAAGAAAAAGCCUGGCACCUAUGUAGAAAAAAUAUAUAUAUCCAGUC